CUCAGCACACGUUUUCUCCGGACCGCAACGUCGCGCCCAACCUUCAUAAGCGAGCGCUUUUCGCCCAAUUGAUACCGCCGCGGACGCCACAACCGACUCAAGCUUGACCAUUGAAGGCACAUUGUGACCUGUUACCCCAGCAUACACGACACGGGCGCCACUCCUCCGACCUCAUAGCGCCGGCAACCGCUACCUCCAACAUGGCCUCCAAUGCGCAGCGGAUGUCCACCCUCACCCAGAAGCUCUCCUCCGAAGAGGGCUGGCAGGACUUGAUCUCCUGGGACGGUGAAUUGUACGACCCAACCUCAUCGGCCGGUAACCCCUACGGUGGCGAUUCGUUCUCGUCUAACACUCAUGCUCCAGAGAGUGUAAGCUCUGAGCAAUUCUACGAAACGUCCACUACGGCAUCGGUCUUUGAUGGCCCCACUUCAUUCGAUUUUGCCGUCUCGAGACCGCCGUCCGUCAAUGAGGGUGGUUCUUGGCUGAGUGGCUCUCCUUCAUACACGACGUCAGCCACUUCACCCCUGGCAGCGCAAGUGGGCAUGCUGUAUCAGGGUUCAAUUGAAGCUUGUAAUUCUAUGCUCUCUCCUGGGCUUGGAUAUUCAUCAUCGCCAUUCCUCGAUGCUCACAGCUAUGGCUCAUCGAGUUCUUACCAGACAGCACCGACAUCAGGUCUCUUCAACCCCCAUGUAGCUGGAACAUCUCACUCCUUCAGCGGGCUUGAUGUAUAUGCCUCACAGGCUCUGGACAAUGUUGGGACGUGGGUCGAGCCGUCCGUAGAACCCAUCAUUGAGGUUCAUCAGGAGGAUGGAACAGGUGCCAUACCCAUACCCAUUCCUCAAACUGGCCCACAGAGGUUUAGCAACACGUUCUCCUCACACCCCUGGACCGAUCACUCAUCGUAUCACCAAGCGCAGCAUGGUCAACCACGAUCAAUCACCAUCCCUCAGCCGCAGAUUCGUGUGUCCAGCUCGCCAUCAGACUACCGCGCGAGAGCUGCUAUGGAGCGGCAUCCAUCUUUGAGACAGCAAUCGCCACACUGGUCUCGCCGGGUACCGCCUGUACUGUCUGCUUCUCCCGAGCAGCAGCGCUCACCACGCCCUGCCCUUCUUACACGAAGUCUUUCGAACCCGCGCCGUAGUCGAAACAAGCUGGCGUCACCCUCUCCCACGACUGACAACUUGGGUUGGGUUUCUUACCAACCCAACACACAACACAGACUGGUUCCAUCAGGAGCGGAAGGCAGCCGUCGACGCCAAAGAGGCCGCAUUGGAGCAUUGACCGCGCAACAACGCAGCCAUGCAGCCUUGAUGCGCCUCGUAGGCUCCUGUUCCAACUGCAAGAAACGCAAAGAAAAGUGCGACCCGGGAACGCCCUGCAAAUCCUGCAUCGACCACUACAAAGGCGACCUGGUCAACCAUCCCUGCCGCGACCGCCUGGUCUCCGGCCUCGCCAGCGUCUUCCUCGCCGAGCGCCACGGCUGGCACCCCACCGCGCGCCCGAUCGAGGCCUCCUUCGGCGCCUACCGCGUCCUCCCCGGUUCCUACUCUAUCCCUAUAACCUUUGGCUUCGGCUCCGUGCUCCACGUCCCUGUUGCCCUCAUCCAUUUCGACAACCACACCGGCCCCCUCCUCCACGCGCACACCGUGUACGCCUGGCCGCCCACCGCAGCGCCUCCGCAAACCCGCACCCACGCCGUGCUCCCCGCGGUCCUGACACCAGAGGCUAUGCAGAGUCUGGAGGAGCUGCUGGAUACACAUCUGGCACUCCUCGUGAGGGAACACUUCCGCGCCUUCCCCCCUUUCACCUCCCCCCUCCGCGUCCUCCGCCACGUCUACACGUACUACCGCGCGCUCCCGCCUGCCUCUCCGGCGGCGCACCUGCUCGCGCAGUCGCUCAAGCUGCUCAUCCUCGUGCACGUCGGGGGCGACAUCACGCUGCCUGCGGCGUCCAGCUCGCCAGCCCUGUCUGCACUCGUUUCCAGCAUCCCAGACCUGCCGGAGGGCGUCCUUCCCACCCCAUGCUUCAUCCGCGCCCAACUCGGCGCCAUCCUGCCCAGCCUCGCGCUCAAACUGAUGCGUGAGGUGCUGCUGAGUCUGGAGCAGCUACUGCUCGGCCGCGCCGAGAAGGAGUGGCCGCUUGCGGUGGCGACGCUGGUAACGCUGUGUAUGACGGUGGAGAGCGUGCAGUACCAUGCUGCGAAGCUGCCAUAUCACAAUGCCCACGACCCGGCCACUCCCCCUGAGAGUGUGAGGCAGCACGACUUCCAAGGCGAUGAAGACGCCGUGAGGCAGCUGCGGGAGUUUUACGGACGGUGCUUUGCGGGGUGCCAUGCGCGAUUAAGUCCAGAGUGGCGUGGUGAUGUGGAGGCGGGGCUGAGGCCGGAUGCGAAGAAGAUGGAAUUGCCUCCCGAGGACAAGUUCAUUGAGAAUAUGCGCGAGGCGGUGCGGGGUGCAGGUCCCGCGUAUCUUGCGGCGAAAGCGGGUGCGGAGCGCCAUGGAGAUGAUAUGGGGUGGUUCUUUGAUCGGGUGGUGGCGGGUUUGCUGAUGCUGAAGGUGAGCGAGGUGUAGGCGUUGGGGUGGAUGCUUGGAGGCCUGGUCCUGCUGCCUUUCUGCGGUUGUCCUUUUUCGUUUCUCGCACCUACGUUGCGACUGUUACGAUGUACGUCUGACGAAGACACGAUCACGACGAUGCCACGACGUAACGACGGCCUUUUCGUCUUCGAUCCUUUGUACGUUGCUGUACAUCUGCUGUACAUAUACUGUACAGUACCUCCUUUGACGCUUCACGAUAUCCAUUUAGCCUCUUACUUGUCUACGUAGUUAAUUUCACGCUC